AUGAGCACACAAAAAGAAAAGGAAUACCUAAACUCUGAAAAAAAUGAAAAUUAUUUGAAAGAAUUUCUUGAAGAUUUUUAUCAUAAAAUCGCAUAUAAUAUCAAUAUUGAUGAUUUUGAGAAUUUUGAAAAUAAAAUCAUCAAAUGGAUUCGCCUCGCUGAUGAAAUAAUUUACAUUGAAUUAAUGGAAAAUCACCAAAACAAGGAAUUAUGGUUUUCUAGCAUAAUUGGGUUUUCUUAUCAAUAUGGUAUCGGGAAAUGUGAAAUCAAUAAAAGCAAAGCGUUGGAAUUAUAUUUAUUGGCUGUUAGUAUCAAAGAUGACGACGAUAUGGAUCACAAUUAUUUUAAAAGAUUAAAUAGUACCAUUGGAAAAUAUUUGCUAGCAUUUUAUUACUAUAAAGACAUUAUUGCAAGUAAAAGAAAUUCGUUUGAUUGGACUAUUCAAUCCGCUAACAAGGGAAGUUCGUCCGCACAAUAUCAAAUAGGAGAUUGUUAUUAUUAUGGCAAGAGUGACGUCAAAAUAAAUAGAAGGAAAGCAAUUGAAUGGUAUCUUAAAUCAGCAGAAGGAGAUAAUAAUAUUGCGCAAAACAAAUUAGCAUUUUAUUGUUAUUAUUAUGGUAGAGGAGUGGGUAAAAAUGACAGGAUGGCAUAUAAAUGGUAUCUGAAAUCCGCUAAGGGUGGGAAUACUAGUGCACAAUGCAGUUUGGGACAAUGCUAUCAUUUUGGUAUGGGUACAAAUAAAGAUAAAGAGAAGGCAUUUCGAUGGAAAAUGUUAUGCAAAAGGAAUAGGGACCGUUCAGAAUAA